GUCGACACUAUUGCUGGAUAAACGAGCAAAAUGCAACUGUUCCGCGGAUUUCUCCUAUUGCUAUCGAUCAGCACCGGCAAUUCAUUGAGGAAGUGUGAGUCCUUGGCAAGCAUACGCGUCUACUAUUCAACAGUACUGGUGAUCUCACCCCAAAAUUUUUACGACCCUUUAUUUGGCUUUGGCGACCCCUUUCCAUCCCUGAUUUGCCUUUUUUGUACUUGGUUGGUUUGGGAAAACUAAGCAACGACCUUGUCUGAGAACUACUAGGAGAAGAACUUUACUGUUGUCUCAAGGUAGAAGUUGAUGAAUCAGCAGCUAGCUGUGCACGACCGAGUAGUUCUUUUGACUGAACAGACUGAAAGCCAUGUCGCUGAAAUUCAAGGGCGACCCGUCCCUCAAGAAGGAGAAAAAAAAGAAGAAGCGAGAGCGAAAGGACGAAAGUGAGGACGAUAACGAGGAGCCCGAGAGAGUGGAUGGGAGCGGGCGAAUCGUCGCGCAGAGCGACACCAUCCAGGGGCUGAACACGUUUUUCCUUACGGAACUCGAGGCAGGCGACGAAAUUCGCGUACAGCACCCCAACACCGGUGUAGACGAAGUCCGCACAAUAACCAGGGUGCUUUCAAAUCGGAGCGCCAUGAUCGUGGCUCCUUUUUCCUCGAACUUCUCAACGACAGCGUCCUUCGAAAUCUUCAAAAAGGGCCGCAUUUUGCGCAAAAAACUCCAGAAGGGCGAAGAUGAGUACGAAGAUGACGCUGCGUUGGAUAAGGCCAUGCAGGAAAAAGUCGAGAAAGCUCUCAAGAAGCAAAAGUGCACGAUUCAGGUAUACUGAAAUUUGUCUUCGUGUCUAUUGAUUUUCUCCGACAAGGAAUGACAAAUAAAGUGCUGCUCACCGAUUGUGUGUUGUUGUAAAUGUCUGGUUGCGAGGCGGCAGCGCCAUGGGAAUCAGAACAUAGCAUCAUCAUCGUCCUUUCCUCGAAGCCUUGCCUCUGCUACACCGAAGACUUCUUGUAAGGUAAAUGUUUUCGAAGUUGAUCGUGAUUCUAAUUCUAUAAAUAUGAAAUUUGUCCACAUCAGGUACGAGAAAAAGUAUAUGGUGCGGCGGGUGUGGCCUACAGGACAGUGAAGAAGGACAUGGGCAAAGAAAUGACAGCGGAAGAGGCUUUGAACGAGCGAGUGAAAGUUCACGGCCGGGACAAAUACUGCUACUAGUGGUGUAAGCGGCACACAUCCCCUUUGCCCCCCCAGUCCAUUGAAGCGACAUCACGCCCAGCGAUGGCGAAUCUUCCGGGACAGCCUUCCGAGCGACAGGGCACGUGUCAAUGACCACCCCACCGACGGCGCAUUCUUGACGCACACGAUAUUGCUCGGACACCCCGCGAAAACCGACGCGGGAGGGGCCUCGCGAAGCUUGCUACAUCAUGCGGCUUCCGAGUUGUACCAACGCCUCCCGAUCAUGAGAUAAAGCGGCUGAUGAAACAGUGCGCAGAGCAAUACGUGAGGUUACAAGUAGUCCCCGACUGCCGGAAAAAACUAACACCCGGCGUAUGGUGUUUGGACACGGAAGAGGAGCCGCAAGGCGGUUUUUCUUUAAUGUAACGCUCAGCCAGACACAAUCACAAAAGCGACCGACUUCGUCACUUUAGUUGACACUAGAAUGAUAGAACAAUGUGGAAAACUUUAACGCAAGAACAAUCUCCUGCAAAAAGAGCCAUACGAG